UUGGGCCGACUGCUUCGCACGCUUCUGGCCGGCCGGGGCCGGCCCUAAUUCGCUACUUAAUUUGCGACAAGUCGGCUCGGUUUGGUCUUCCAUUUCUUUUCUUCGAGAGGCCGACUCUUGCUGUGCCCUAGAGCAUUCGGUUUUGUCCGUCGGCUGGAGAGCUGUGAUCAAGCGUAGAUCUAUCGGCUGACAAAAGCUGCUGCGGGGAUCGCAGCGAUUUUCUUGGCCGCAGUAGAAGAUACUCUUCAAGGCUCGUCGGCGACGAGCUCCACAAUUGGAUUAUCGUCAGUCAUCUUUCGUGCAUGUAAUUUCAGAUGAAAUCAGACAUGGUCAAGUUAUUGUGCUGCUUUGAUGGAAAGUUGGUUGUUGACGGAGAUGAUAUGGUGCCUAAGUAUGUUAAUGGGACACAGAGACCCAUCAAGGUUGAAAGAUCGAGCACAUUGGAAAGUCUGAGGAGAAAAGUCUAUGAAGCCACGGGAAUAGAUCCUCUUCUGCAUUCACUAUUAUUGACUUGCAAGUAUCCUAUUCACGGGGGUGUCUAUCGAGCUGUGACUUUGAGCAAUGAUGAGAUAGUUGACUGCAUGAUUGAUGAAUCCUCUAUGGGAGGGGCCAUUGAGCUUUAUGUAGAGAAGGAGAUUAUUCUUAGACAAACUAGCAAUCACAUUAAUACAGGCACAUGCACUGCAAUGAUAGAGGAAAGUGCAGAACCCACUGGCAGAAUGCUGAUUGACAAGCCAGUUGAAUGCCAUGUAAACCAAGCACAAGGAGAGGAGUCGAUUAAGGGGAAUGAGUCUUGUACCCCUGAGGCCACUACUGGGAAGUUAGGAGAUGCUAUUACUCAUGUGUUCCAUAAAGGGCACUCUCUACUGGGCCAACAGUUCAAAUCUAGCAACCCUCCCAACGAAAACGGUUUGCCAAGGCAGUGCUAUCAUAUGAUGUCCAUGCGUGACUGGCCUCUGACCCAUCCUAUAAUGAUUGACCAGCUUAACCAAGCUGGAUUCCUUGUUGCCAACUCCUUACAGUGGGUGCAUCUUGAUAUGCAUCUUCUUUGUGCAUUGUGUGAGAGAUGGCAUGCAGAGACCAACACCUUCCACUUACGAAAUGUGGAGAUCACCAUCACAUUGCAAGAUGUCUCGGUGUUAACUGGCUUGGUCGUUGACGGGUUACCUGUGAUAACAACUCGUGUCGUUGGCGGUGUCGAAUCUCGAUGGGCUACCUGGACCGACUGCUGCCAAGAGCUUCUUGGGAGGUCUCCUGGAGAAAUGACAGACAGGACAACAAAGUUGAAGCUCUCCUGGCUAAGAGAAAAUUUCAAGGAUGUAUGUGAAAAUGCCUCUUCACAAACUGUGGCAUUUCACACAAGAGCAUACAUUAUGCACAUGCUCGGGAGCUGGGUUCUUCCUAAUCGCUCUGGCAAUGCAGUUCCUUGCCAGUAUCUGCCAUUAUUAGAAAACUUUGCAAAAUGUGGUCAGACGGCUUUUGGCGCUGCAAGCCUAGCCCAUUUGUAUAGAGAGCUUGGCAAUGCAUCGAGGGAUCACAUAAAGAGACUGGCAGGGAAUAUUCAUCUCCUUCAGCUCUGGGCUUGGGAACGUCUCAAGGUAGGGCGCUCUUUCGUGCAAGAGAGACAAUAUGGUGGUUAUCCAUACCCUGGACCUUUAGGUAUCAGGUGGCAAGGAGAACGGCGGCAUGGGAGACCUAUUGGCCACUUGAUGUCUUACAGAAGAGAGCUAGAUCUUGCCGACGAUCGAUGGGUUAUCUGGGAGCCUUAUCCUAAAAGCCUCCUUGAUGAACUACCUGCGAUCUGCACUUCUGGAAAGGGGGUAUGGCAAUCUAGAGUUCCACUGAUCCACUUUGCCAUUGUGGAAAUGCAUGUCCCUGAUCGAGUGAUGAGGCAAUUUGGAAUGCAGCAACAUCCAACAGUAGAUGUCGAGUCGGUUGAACGGAUCGAUGCUCGAGGAAAGCCCGGUAUCAACUGGUUAGACCAUCACCACGCCCAUAUAGCAAAAUGGGGCCAAAGGCUCCAACUAGCGGUGAAUGAGCAGCAUAAGCCAGAACUGUCAUUCCAGGAGGAACAUGAUAGACGAACUGAAGGAUUUACAUCUCAUUCAAUGGAAGAUCAUGAGUCAGUUCCUCACAAUACGCAAGGUCAUAUGGAGCAAGACUUGAUCAAUCUUUGCUACAACUUGCGAGGAAGGCUUAAUGAGCAUCUUCUAGAGUGUGGAAAGCCAAGUUUGGUGUACAAGAUGUUGGCAGAUAUAGAUCACACCUUUGGUUUAUACGGCCUUCACCAAAUGCUACCUACAAGAGAAUGUGAUGCAAAUGGUCCAUCUUCUUCUUCUUCACAGCUCUCGCAUUCAAUUUCAUCAAAAACAAACCCAGAGCUUCAAUCGUCAAAAAAGAGGCCAUUAAGCUCUUCCUCUUCUUCCAAGCCACCAUUAUUUUCUGCACUUCCUGCUAUGUUUUUGCAGAACAGACAUGAACAGAUGCAGACACAGCAGCCAUUUUCACUACUAGGACAAUCGUCGAAAGUAGAUGCCUCUUCUUCUAGUGAUUCUCGUCUUUCUUCGAUGAAACAGGAAAAGGGACGGGGACGUAAAAGAGGAUCUACACGGCCAUUUUAGCUGUAAAGAUGCUUUGGUGUUCAGAGGCCGUGCUUGCACUUCAUGUUUAUUUAGUGUUCUCUUUCUUCCUUCCAGAUGAAGGAAAAGCCAUGAGAAUUUUUUUUUCAUGCUCAAAAUGGGUGUAGAAAGUUGCAUAAAUGUAUUAUUGUAAACAGAAUAAUUUUUCUCCCAAUGGAAAGUAAAAAUGCUGGCUUUUAUA